UAAACUUUGCCCGGUGCUCAGCGAGGGUUCAAUCUGUCGUCUUUAACCAAAUAAAGGGUCACAUUGUGUACGGAUUAACUUUAUUAACAUCCACACAAAGAUACACUCCCUCACACAACCAGGAGGCUGUGUUUCCACACUCCUGUCGGAGGAAGACGCGCCCCCGGAUUCGCUGGAAGAGGGGAAGCCCUUCAGACGGACCACUUGAUGGGAUGCAGAGAGGAGAGAGGAGCUGCUGCCGUGGCUGUGCGUGAUGUUCGAGUCGUCCAUCAGGGUUUCAGCGCAACACGCCUGUAGCUGACAUCGCAGCUAGCAACUGAUCCCCAGUGAUUCGCGUCACCAUGCCAACUCCUGCGAUCCUCACAGCAACCUGGAGUCCUCAGAGGAGCUGCUAGGUUUACAACUAUAAUUCCAGCUCUGUUAGCCAACAUAAAGUGGAUCCCUUCCUAGAGACAAGGAAGCAGAGAUGGUUUUCCAGUGGAGUCUCCGGCUGAUUUUAAUAUUGCUAGUGAAGACAGGACUUGCUGUUGGAUGUGUUUGUCCAGGAGCCACCGUUUUGUCCCAGUUUCCCUUCAAGGUUCCUGCUGAUGUGUGCUGCCUGAACUACUCUGGAUCUGCUUUCACCCGUGUGGACUGGUCUGUGUUUACCAAUGAAACAAACAUAGUGACACUGGAUCUCUCCAACUGUAAUAUCAGCUCUCUCGAUAUCAGUGGCGAAGAGGCUUCUGGGGCCUCUGCAUUGCAGAAGGUCUAUUUGAGUCAUAAUAGACUAAAAAUGUUACCAAGUGGGUUUCUGGGGAGACAGCCCAGUCUGAAGGAGCUGGAUCUGGCUGGGAACUUACUUCAGGAGCUUCCUGGGGACUUUCUAAAGGACUCUAACAACCUCCAGAAGUUGUUUCUACAAGAAAACCAGCUAAAUUUCCUUCCUAGCUCUAUAUUGGAGAAUCCGAGGCUUCAAAAGUUGGAGCUGGAUGGGAACCGCUGGGACUGCUCUUGCUUGUUACUGGAAGGCCUGGAGGCAAGAAGGGAGGCUAAUCGCACCAUCAAACUGCAGGAUCUGCUUUGGAACAUGACCUGCUCCUCCCCCUGGCACCUGGCCGGCAGGACUGUGUUGUCGGUGAAGGUUACCGAUGCGUGUCGGCCAGCCGGCCUCACAGCGCUCUUCAUUGUCCUUCCCCUCCUCGUCCUGUCCACCUUGCUGCUCUGCUGGUGCUGUGGGAGGAAGAGGAAGAAAAAAGAAGUGCCUACUUUCAGCAGCUCAAAAAAGAGGCCUCACAGUUCCAGCUCCAACGGCCAGAAGCAUCGCAGCAAACAGCAGCCUUCAGCGGCUGAGCAGGGUAGAGCUGGAGAGGGGAUCCUGAAGAACCAGCUGCUGCUUCGCCCAGCAUCCGCCCUCCUGGGCAGCACCAGGGACAUCUAUGAAGAAGUGGAGAUCAAGCUGGGCUCAGUAGAGUCUCUUCCCCGAGUCACCUCAUUCCGCUCCAGCUCCACAGAGGAGAGGCAAGGCUCCCAGGAGCCUGAUGGGGCGAAUAAUACAGAGCUGGACACGGUGAGUGUCACAGAAGUGAUGAAAGACUCAGCUGACAGGGAGAAAGCUUACAUGACUCAGUCAACCGAGUACUACAACCUGGUGCCAGGUAUCGAACUGGAGGACUCGGACCAUGGCGAGUACGAGAAUGUGGCGACAUCAUCUUCCACCAAAGAAUAGAUGAGCAUUACAGGAAAUGCUUUAAAAAAAUCUUUAUUAGAAUAUUUGUGGCAUUCACAUGGUGCCUUCAAACCAACUUCCUGCAUGAUGAGGUCUUAAGAUAUUCCUGCCAAAGUUACUACAGGUUUCUGUCCUUCCUUGUGUUUUUGUCUGUCUUCUUUUUUAUUUCAUCAGAGCAGAAUCACCUAGUCUCAGUUGGUUUGGCAACUGAUCCACUUGAUUCUCUCAAAUCUCUGAAAAUAGUUUUCCUUAAAAUAGUCAUAUACUUGUGUCAUAACACACAGAAAGUUUCCAGAAGUUAGCCUCCCAUAGCAUAACGAUACAGCAGGGUCUACUCUGUCUGUACUGCCCUAUCUGAUAAAUGCAGAAACUAAAGCUAAGCAGAAACAACACUGUAGCUCAAUGAAUGACAAAUCUGUCAUGGCUUCGAUGCAUGCUCACGCCAUGGUAUUUUGGAAGUUUUUUAUUUCUGCUUCUGUGUCUGGAAUAAAUAAAGUUAAGUUUUUAAGUUUAAAAGCCUGGAAAUACCAAGAUUUCUGUAAUUAGUUUUGGAGGUUUGGUAAGAGUUUUACAUCUAACAGGGAAGCGCUAACAUGAAGAUGCUAAUGCUAGUCCAAAACUUAUUUAGAAAUAAAUUCAUACAUGUAUUAGUGUCAGUGAUCAGAGGCAGAAAUACAUGUUGUUUUUUUUACAGUGGAGAUGUUGACUUAUCAUAGGUGGAAAAGCACAGGUGGCAUUGAUAACAGUGCAGUUUGAAUUAGCAGUGAAGGACUUCCUGCAAGUCAAAUGCAGCCAACACUGAUGCGCCUGUUCUUAACCCACAGAAAAACAUCUACUUUACACUAAUUUGGUUUCUUUCAAAUCCAGCACUGUUGUGUUGGCUUGCUUUGAGGCAUAAAUUUGGGUAACUAAAUUUAAUGUUUCCAGUAUUCUGGUUUGACUUGGCCUUUUUAAGGUGCUAGUAUGUUGAUGUGUAACCUGGGCAAAGCCAGAUAGCUGUUUGCCCUUCUUCGAAAGAAGACGUGUUAUGUUGGUCAGAUCUUCUAUGUCUGAAACAAGACUUUUUUUUAAUCUCCCUUUAAACCAAGUUUCUUCUGAUUGGCUGCCCUGUAGAAGGAGCAGAUUUGAACAGCAGGUGAGUGAGGCUUUUGUGCUCGCAGCUAUAGCUGUGAGCUUAGACCAUAUUACGAUUACCCACUCUAUAUGACAUUUAUACAGCACCUAGAGGAGAAACAAAAGAGAAAAACAAAUGCUAAAAGCAGAAUGAAGCCUGGGUUUUUGGCUCGCAGGCAUUAUACACACAAUUUAGACCUUUGGCUUUUACUACAAGCAUCCAACAUAGAGUGCCUUACAAAUUUCUUAGACCACCUGUCAAAAAACUAAGAAAACACAAAUAUUUCAGAAAUCUUUCAAAGACUUGUUUACAACUGAAAAUAACUGAAUUCACUGAACUAAAUUUUUCAUACUUGAAUUUGAGACAGUAUACUGGACUUCAGUGAGAGGCCAGAAAUGAAUCAAACAUAACAUUCAAACAUCAGAACUAAAUUUUCUGGUCAGGAGUGCAAGUAAAAGACUUUUAUGCUCCUUCUUAAAACUUCUUAUAUUCUAGCAUAAAAAAUAACAUUAAGUUAAAUUAUAUCUAGUGAUAAUCAGGUGGAUAUACUACAUUUGAGAUCUCAGUCCAGAAGCCCUCAGUCCUAGGAAGAACAAUGCUCCUUUACCUCUGUCUCCAUACUUAACACACAGAUCAGGGAGCUUUAUCAGUCUAUAACUGGGUAGAAAAAUAAAUGUAUUUCCCCAAAUUUCCAAUUAGUGUGUAAAAAAACAACAGCCAAAUAAAAAGAAUGCAUUAACUAGUUACAGGGACAGUGUGGUCCAGCCUCCACAGUAUCACAAUGUGUGAGGAAGUGAUUUAAUCUGGAGCUUUUCCUGUGGGACCCGAGGAACGCAGUGACGGCUCAAAAGGGAGGCCUGAUUUUCCUUUUUUCUUUUUUUCUUUUCGCUUAUGGAAAAACGCUGAAAUGGAUUUAUUCUGUUUAAUACUGAGUCCAGUGCAGUGUGCAUUUAAUGUUGUUUUAAAGACAAGGAACGAGGAUAUAUUUUAACUGCUAAGUACAGCAGCCUUUUGUGUCUACUUUUUCUUUACCUCACACAACUGUUGUUGUUCCGGCCAUUCCUGUUCGACUUGUUGUACCGAACACAAGAGGAUUCCUGAUUAAGCUGCACAACCAGAAAUAUAGGUGCUGAACAAUGACUAAUCCCACCGCUAUGUUCAUAGUUAAUUUAGAGCUAAAUGUAGAAUGUAAAGCUAAGAUGACAAAUCUAAUUUUAUGUGUCUUUGAUUGCUAAGGGAGGAUAAAAGGACAGACAAGAUGACGACGCUUGCUUUGCGUCACACACUGAAAUGUGCAGAGAGUUUGAAAAAGGCCAUGGCAGUUGGGCCUAAAUGCUGGUUUAAGAUAAAAAUCUAAGCAGUGCUUGUUCGGUAAAGUGGAGCUCAGACCUGCAAGAGAGAAAACAGUGCACAGCAGGGUUAUUGUGACGGUGUAGGACACUCGAUUCUUAUCAAAGAUGUGGAAAACAGACGGAUGUCUCGCUCUCACACUUGCUGGUUUCGCAGACUAAUUGGUUUUUUUGUUCGGUGAAAUACUGAGGGUGCAGCAAAGGGUGUGGAACUUCCUGCAAUUGAAAAAAAACUGAUCUGUAUUUUCCAGAUGAGUUUUCACAUAUUUUCCGUUUAAGCUUUAUACGUCGAAAUUGUAAGGUUGCCAAGUGCUCUUCGGUCAAAAGACAAAUGCAAAGACAGUUGAUGCACAAAACAGCUUGUUGUUAUGUUAAUGUAAAAGGGACAUACAGCUACAUGCCACUGAUGUACAGUUCUGUGCCUUUACAUGUUAUUAUCUGGUUAUCAUUUCAGUGCCUGUCAAGCUUUAUAUUUUUGUCAUAGGUUUACAUCGGCAGCAGUUAUGUACUGGACUUUAUUUCUGACUGAAUAACCUGCUGACAAAAUUUAAUUUCACAAUUUGUGUAAUAGCCAUGAAAUGUGAUCUGCUUGUUUGUAAAAAUAGACACAAUUUGCCUCAUUUAUCCUGUGAUAGUCGUAAAUGUAGUAUUUUAACCCAAUCCACAGUCUUUUCCUAAAACUAACCAAGUAGUUUCGGUACCUUCAUCUGGCCAAACAUGCAAAAAUUAUACACAAGUUAGCAUAUUGUUAGAGUCAGGUUGUACUCUGUUAUAUGAAUGUCUUGUCUUUAUCCCCACCACUAAAGACAAGACAUAUUCUGGAGUCUAAGCUCUAGUCACACAGCCCUGGAGACUGGUUGGGGACCUAGCAAGAGGUUGCUAAGGAAAAACAUUUUCUUCCUGAAUAGUUGGCAAGUGCUUCCUGGGUGUUGUUGGAUAAAAUUAAUCAGACAGAGGUAUAUAGUGCCGCACCAAAAACCUCUUUGUGAUUACUUUGAUUGCCAGCAGAUUGCUGUGAUUGCCUGUAGUUUGCAUGGAACAUUCUAACUUGUCUGCAAACAUUCGCCAACUCAUCACUAAGUGUUGUAGUGCAACGCAAACUGGAAACGGAGACAUUUUGCUUUCAAAGUGAAGUUUUGUGUGUUCAAGCCUGUUAGUUUCAGUCGUAUGACACCCUUUUUCCGUGAAGAUGAACAAUCUCCAGUUCCUAUUUUACGUUACGCUUCUUCAAUCUUCACUAACAACUGGUAGUUGGAUAGCAAGUUUGUAGUGAAGUCUGUCUUCAAUGCAAACUUUAGCAACCUGCUAGCAGCCAAAGCAAUCACAAGGAGGUUUUUGGUACAGUUCCUAAGUCACCUAAGCCCAUGUGACAGAGACUUUUGCUGAAUUUCACCACAUUUUAAAAGUUUAAAUCAAAUUCUAUAAUUUAGAUUCAAUUAAUAAACAUUCUUUUAGUUUUUUGUUUUUUUUUAACUUACUGUCUUUCUUAUGUGUGUCCUUGUACAUAAAAAAACACAUUUGUUUUGACUAUUUCACAAAUUACAUUGAAGCAACAUUUAGAUUCAAAUGAAUUUUAGCUAAUAAUAAACUUACUUCAUGAACUGGUAAAAAAUAAAAUAUUUUCUAUGGUUUCUCAAUAUUAAUUGAAAUGACUAAUGUAAAAAAAUGUGUAUGGUGUAUACAAAAAAUGCAUAAAAAGAGUGAGGCUAAGGCUACGUGUAAAGUUAGCAAUAAGUACCCCUUACCUCGUAAAACCUCAUAUUUGAAACAGUGUGUUUUUAAUUUAGAAUGAAUGAAGUAGUCUCUUAUGAUGUGGUCUCCCCAGUUUUGUUUUGUUUAAAGUUUAGCCAAAGCUUUAUAUAUGUAAGAUAACUUUAGCUAAACCACACUGAUAACAUUCAGGAUUAGCAUUUAAAAACAGCAGAAAGCGACGGUGAAUGUACUAUUAACCUUUUUUUAUUGUAACCUGUAAACCCACAUUCUAAAGUUGUAAAUUAAUCAUAUAUUUGGUUAAUUUGCUUGCUAGUUAGCAAACAUGCUAACUUUUGAAAUUUUGGGGGAGGCAUAAAAAGGCGCCAACUUUUAAACUUCACUACCUUAACUAUACUUUUAACAGUAUAAAUACCUACAAGUCCAAAGGUUUACAUGUCUAGUGGAUGGUAAUGGUUCUAAAUUACUGGACAUUUGUGUUGUGCUAUUGCUAAGUGUCAAAUACAUUUUAAUAAGCACACUUUUUUUUUAGACUAAAUAUAUUUGAAUUUGAUUAAAUUUAGUCCUGCUGGGAAAUUAACCUUGCCAAAAUUAAAUAUUAGGAUACAUGGAAUCCAAAUAUUUAAAAAAGUAAUCAAACUUUAUAACCCUCCUUCAUUUUAACAUAAGCGAGCUUUGUUUGACAAACUGUUUGAUAGCCUAAAAAGCCUGUUAGACAUCUUAGUUAAUAGGCUAUGUAGGCUAGUUUAAUCUUAAGUCCAGACCAGCAAAAUCAUUGUAUAUGUUUUAUUGUCUUUGAACAAAGAUUUAAAAAAAAAAAAAAAAACGAAUAAACUGUCAAUUCAUAAAACAGUUGAUAAACAGCCUGAGAUGUCUUAAAUGUGUCAAAUAUAAGUCAAGGCUUGGGACUUUUUGUUGUUUGUUUGUUUUUUAUACUUAGUCAGUCUACUGUCAUUAAGAAAGGCUACUGUUGUAAAGGAAAGAAAAACAAACUACGUUGGCUUGUUUUUGUGGUGACAGGCUAAAUGUAAUGUUGUUGUUUUUUCAGUAAAAAUGCUGUAAAAUUGACAAUGAGUCAGAUAUCUGCCUGAGACAAAAUCGUGUCCUGAUUCUCUGUAAUGUUAACACUUUGCAAAUGCUGCAGACAGAUUUUGUGCCAUUAGCUACAUAUUUGACACGCCGUAACAUCUUCAGUAUCGCUGAAUCAUUAGUAAUCAUUCAGAUGUAAAAUGGCAAUACUGUAUGUAAUAAAAGCACUGAUUUUAUUUAACCACAUUUAUACAGGAAGAUGCACUAUGUUGAUUUUGUAUACACUUUAAUAUUGUUGACAGAGAAAUAAAAGCUUGUCUUUAA